UCCUCCCGGGUGUCACGAUACAACCUUAGAUCCCCCCUCAUCUCUGCUGGGUUUGACAUCCCUGAUGGCCGGGCCGUUCUCUGGGUUCUGUGGGUGAACUCAGCGGCUGAUGCUGGACGCCAUGAGGCAACACUGAUAUGAAACAAGCGUGUUUUAUGCGGGGGCGACAGCCAGCACGAUGGAUGCUAGAGUCGGCCAGCAGCUCGCAGGGUCACCGCUACUCUUAAUGUUUGACACACAGACUGUGACAUUCACCUCCGAGAAACCCUGACACUCCACUUUGAACUCGUUGCUGUCCUCCCAGGUUGUUGAGAGAAGGAGAAAUCCCCUCUGGUGACCAUGGCUCCGCACCCAGUGGUCCAGGCCGUCAUUGAUCUCUCUGCAGGAGCCAUAGGAGGGGCUGCCUGUGUCUUCAGCGGCCAGCCUCUGGACACGGCGAAGGUGAAGAUGCAGACCUUCCCCACUCUGUACCGGGGCUUCGUGCACUGCGUCGUCUCCACCUACAAGCAGGUGGGCGUGCGCGGCCUGUACCAGGGCACCACGCCGGCGCUGAUGGCCAACGUCGCCGAGAACUCGGUGCUCUUCAUGAGCUACGGCUUCUGCCAGCAGGUCAUCCGUUUUGCAGCUGGACUGCACAAAGAAGCCGUGCUGAGCGACAUGCAGAAAGCCUGCGCUGGCUCGGUAGCCUCCAUCUUCUCCUCCCUCGUCCUCUGCCCCACCGAGCUCGUGAAGUGUCGACUGCAAGCCAUGUACGAAAUGGAGUUGUCAGGCAGGAUUGCUAAGAGCCAGAACACCGUGUGGUCGGUGGUGAGCUCCAUCAUGCGGAACGAGGGCGCGCUGGGCUUCUUCCAGGGACUGACCACCACCAUAGCCAGAGAGGUGCCCGGGUACUUCUGCUUCUUCGGCGCCUACGAGCUCUGCAGGACCGGAUUCGCAGACUACAUGAAGUGUGACAAAGACGACAUAGGCGUGGCCCCCGUCGUGUUCAGCGGGGGGUUCGGGGGCGCCUGCCUCUGGCUGGUGGUCUACCCCAUGGACUGCGUCAAAUCUCGGAUCCAGGUCAUGUCCAUGACGGGGAAGCAGGCGGGCUUUUUUAAGACCUUCGUGACCAUCGCUCGCUCUGAAGGAGUGAGGGCGCUCUACUCGGGCCUCACCCCCACCAUGGUGCGCACCUUCCCCGCUAACGGAGCUCUGUUCCUGGGUUACGAGGCCAGCAGGAAGCUCAUGAUGAAGCAGUUCGACAACUGAGCCGCUCCGUGAAACUGCCACUCCGUCUGCUGCGCUGCCCUGAAAAACGUUCUGAUAGUCGUUUUCUCCAUGUCAGAUAUGCGAUGGAAAUGAUUUAGAAACUUGAUUUUUGUUUUGCUCCUUCUGAAGUGUUUUAUUGAACAGGCAGGGACUGAGGAGAGGCGCGCCGUGAAGCCAUGAAGCUGUGAAGCCAUCAGCCGGUAGUUUCUCUCCUACCUCAACAAUUGUCUGCGCGUCUUUCUUCCCCUGCCAGAAGACGCGUGGCUUUGACUAAGACUGGUUGACUUUCACGCGCUCACUCCUGUUUUAAGCUCCUAGCAUUAAGGCGUUAUCAGAAAGAUGAAGUGUCAUAUUUGAUUUACGUUGCCUAAGAUGUGGUGAGAUGAUUGGUUUUUAUUUAAGUGGGAUUCCAAGUCUGUGGGCACCUGGGAUCAGAUUCCAUUUUUUCAGGGCCUUAUAAAAAAAAAGAAAUGUUUACAGAGAGUAUUUCUAUUUAUUAGUUUUUCUCUAUCCCUUGUCUAAACCCCCCCCCCUCCAUUUUCCAUCUGUGCCUCCCUUACUGUCCUCUCAUUCAUAUCCUUCAUUCUUUCUUCCUUUUUCCCUCGUCUCUCCUUCCCACCAUCCUUGUAUUCUACUUCCCUUCUGUCUGUCCUUCCUUAUGUUGCAUGUUCUUCUUUCCUCUUUUGUGUCCUAUUUCCUUCCUAGUGCCCACUCUCUCUUCUGUGUCCUCAUUUUUUUUCCUUUCCUGUCUCCUUUCCUUUUUGCCUCCUUCCUAUUCUCAUUAUUGCCACCCCUCCCUUCCUUCUCAUUUCCUUAUUCCCUUCCUCCCAGUCUCUUUUUUCUCCCCUGCUCCCAUAUCAAUGCUGCCAACUGGAGAAAUAUCUGCCAUCAAUUCAUAUUGAACGUUCGUGUUUUUUAUAUUUUAAAGCAAACAGAAGAGGUGUGGCAAGUCAAGCCUGGAUACAUUUUUUAAAGUGACCCUGUUUAAAGAUCUGUUUGCUGCUUUUAGGGAACCUUAACUUUGCCUCUCACUAAUGUUUUCAUCAACCUCAAACCUUUUGCUGCAGUUUUAGGCGUUUUUAAACCUUGUCACACUCCCUUAAAAACACCAGCAAACAUUUAAAUACUUGUUUAUCAUGGUGACUUUGUUAUUUUCCUCCUGGUAUUUGCAGUGUGUUUGUUGCUUUUCGUUAUUAAAAGUAUCACUAAUCGUAUAUCAGCUGCCUCAUUAUAAGCCGUUUAAGCCUAAUUCCAUUGUUUUAUUAUGUGAUUUUAUUUGCCAGUUUACAUACAAUCCAGACGUGUGUAUUUUCAAUAAUUGUUUGUAAAUCAAUUUUAAGUAGUGUUGGAAUGAUACAAGCUGCAUUAAAUCUAUGAAUAAAGAG